CAUUUUAUAUGUACAUAUUAUAAAGAAUACCAAAUAUAAACGGACUGUGUAACUUGAAACUUUUGUUUCUUGACAAGAAAUGAAAGUGAAAGUAUUUUUGCGCUAAAGGUCGGUCAGAGCUCAACUAUUCCAGCUCACAACACCCGAUUGCAUUAUUGAGCAGAGAGCAAAGACGGACAAGGACCUGCAGACUCUGUAAGGAUCGAAAGAUAAAUCCUACAUAUACUUCCAAAGUUCACGGCCAUCUCAUAUUGCAUAAGCAUCAAGAUGCCAAUACAGUUUAGUGGAUGGGAGACAUACUGUGAGAAAUCGAGGCACCUUAAACCAGGUCAAGAACCAAAAAAAAGCCAUGGCUACAUAAUGUACCACGGGACACACAAAAACGCAGCAGCAACAAUCAUAUCAUCAGGAUUCAGGCCCUCCAGUGGGGGAACUCUGGGCCCUGGAGUCUACUGUAGUAGGGACAUUAACAAAGCCAUGGGUUACCCAGGCGGUUGUGCUCCUGGUGACAGAGUUGUGUUCAAGCUGCGAGUAAGAGUAGGUAAGGUGAAGAAGAUUGACUCUAAAAGUACGCACUUGUGGUCCACUUGGCAUCAGAAUGGAUAUGAUACAGCCUGGUUGCCCAGCCCUAGUGGAAUGGAAGAAGACUGCGUCUGGAACCCAAAGCGACUCACAGUGAUCGGAAUAGCACACUGCACAGACCCCAGUACUAAGAGCUCACUUGAGAGUCUCAUAAAGAAGCAGGGACAGUUGCAGGAAGCCGAUGGGAGAAGUCUGGAUCAAUGUAAGGGGUGUGGAAUGCACACACAGGAUAAACACACAAUGGAGAAAUGUUGGUCUUGUAAAACAUCAGUAUGCCCUUUCAUGGAUAAGCAUGCCUGCCAAAAGAGCUGAACUGAAGGGAGUAGUUUGUGUACAAAUGCUGUCAAUGUAUUAUCAAUUAUAAUGUAAAGCCAUCACUGCAAAAACGAACAUCAGUCAUAGUUUUUAGAAACUGUGCAGUGUUUAUGCAUUUCUCUGUAUGUGAUAUCAUUGUUUAAUCAGAUAAUGUGUUGUUAUUGAGGUGAACCACAUCGGUCUAGAGCGUGAAGUGACACUGCACACCCAGGGCAAAUAGUGUGCAUACUAUUGCUUCACUAACAUGAAAAUGUAGCGAAUCAUACGAGCUAAAGUACGGACAAUAGUAAAUAUAAACUUUUGUAAUUUUAUUUAUUUUUAUAAAUGCUAGUAAUCCAAAUAAGAAGUUAUUUAAUGGUGGCACAUUAUCAUGAACAUUGAACGACAAUUUUCAAAUACUUUAAAAAAUCAAGUUUGUUAUAGGUUUAAAGGGUUCAUAAAGGGAGGAGCGAGAGGAUUGCUGACGAGAGAGCGUCCUGGCACGCACAUGUGCUAAAUUUGUGUUAUGUUCUUGGAGCCGGUGUCGUGUCGAAAGCUGCCGGCCUUUUACUUCCGUGUCAUUGUUUGUUUAUUUUGAGUAAAAGUUUGUUUAAAGGCAGGGUGUCCGAUUUCCGAAUUACGCUUGUUAAGAAAAAAGUCGGGCCAUGUACCAAAACAACCUUGUAACCAAUCAGCAGUGAGGUACACAGGAUGCAGACGAGCCGAGCACUGACGAAUGCGAAAGAUGGGGGAUUUCUACAGUGCAGCUGCUGAUUAACUUGCUUUAAAAAGUUUACUUUUCAACUUUUCAAUAAUUUUAUGUUGUUGAUUUUGUUUAAACACUAAAUACUACUAAAUUCUUUGAUACUAGUGGUUUCUCAUUUUAAAGGCCAAUCAAAUUGACAACCUAUGCAUGUGCAGUGGUUGAAGCAACCUUGUAAAAAACUGUAUUAAGCACGAUUUCAGAUACAAUUUAUGUAAUGUUUAAUUGUUGUUAAAAAUAUUAUCCUGAUUUUAGCUAGCAAUUUUAGAGACUUCCCUAUAUGGGGUUUAUUCAGGUGGUAUAGGGACAAUAUGGUAUAUACUGUAUAAAAUAAAAUAACUGUAUUGUUCUAAUUGAAACCCAAGAUUACUGUUGUUGGCUUGCUAUGAUUUUUCUAUUAUUUAUUUACUACUGAUAGCACAACAUUUCUGACUUAUAAAACAUGCUGAAUGCCUUGCCCUAUUAGAAAGUAUACCACAUAUGCAAGGAAAGGAAAUGUAUCUUUUAAAAGUCUUAUUGUAUAUUUGUCUUAAACUGGUAUAUUGUUUAAAAAACAACAAUCUGUGUUAUGUCUG